AUGGGUCCAACAAUCAGAAGAAUCGCAAGUUACAAUACACACCAAGAGUACUCGGUGGAUUUAUUUGGAAACGAACUGACCGUCACCGUAACAUCGACUCCCUCCGUCAUCAGGCGAUGGAUCAGAAAAGCCGUCUUCUACCAGCGUCGCGCGCCAUCUUAUCACCCCCUCGUGGUCGGAGUCGGCGUCCAGUGGACACCGGCAUUUUAUUAUUAUCCGCGGGAGGGUUACGACCCUCCUGCGGAUACACUCCAGUUAUGCAUGGGUAAACGGUGUCUCAUCAUCCAGCUGUGCCACUGCGACCGUGUCCCCAACGCCCUCCGCAGUUUCCUCGCGAAUCCAGGAACAACUUUCGUUGGUAUUUGGAAUGGUCAAGACGCAAGAAAGCUUGAACGAUCUAGACAUCAUUUGGAAAUGGGAAAACAGAUUCUGGACGUGAGGAAGUACGUUAAGGAUUCAGAAGGUAAGAGUCUUAGGCGUCGUUCGUCUGAGCAGAUUGUUGAGAGAUGUAUGGGUUGUCAAGGAGUGAGGUUAGAUUGGAGGAUAAGCAUGAGUGAUUGGAAUGUUGACUGCCUUGACCUUGCUCAGAUACUUCAAGCCUCAUUAGAUGCUUUUGUUUGCUUUGAGCUUGGUGUUUGGGCUCGUCUUUGGCAAGUUUGA